UUUUGAACAGCGAAUCUACAGUGAAAUCAAACAUCUAGAGCAGCCAGGGAAGAAUUGUGUUAAUUGUGUUACCUACAACAUGGCAAGCUUUCCACAAGGUCAGGGAUACGAGUUUCUCUGCUUUUGUAUCCCAUCCCCUCGCCAUUACGGCCAGGGUCAUUCAUGUCCCGACCACCUGACCUGACCGGCUCGGCUGCCUUUGCUCGGCAACAGCGCCCGGUAGGUAAACGUCAAUCCACUGCAUAUAAGAUGCAUACACACAUCAACCUACAUCUCUCUUCUGAUUCUUAGACAAGGAAGACUCAAAUUUAUUCCUAUUCCCAGAGAUAUUGCUGCCCAGGCCCUACUUCAGGAAAGAAUUCGGAUAGCGGGGUAGAUAUUGAAUUGACCAGGGUAAUCCAGUUUUAUGAUAUAUACUAACUAUCUUGCAUGGGUCCGGGCAUCAAUUUCUGAGAGAGAAGGAAAAUAAGAAAAACCAAAAAGCACAAGAAGAAAUAUUCACAGGCACCAUGGCACCCGGGCUACUCUACAUAACAAUGCAGCCGAGAGACGACCUCUCCCCGGCCAAAUUCCAUGACUGGUACAACAACGAGCACGGCCCAAGCCGCCUUCGUCUCCCCUUCAUCACGAACGGUUUCCGCUUCCGCGCCACAGACACUGUGAAUGGCUCGUCCAGCUCGAGCCACCCAUUAUCCCCUGAAUGGCUUGCCAUCUACGACGUCACGGACAUGGCCGAGUUAAAGUGUGAGCCUUACCUGCGGCUGCGCCGUGACGAGAUCAAGAGCAAGCGCGAAAAGGAAGUGAUGGCGAAGAUCACGAUUGAUAGACGGUUGUAUGACUUUGUUGAGAGCAAGGAGGUGGAGGGGUAUGUGCCCCUGGAUGCAUUGACAGAGGGAGAAGCGGAGGCUGAGGCAGAGGGAAAGAAAAACAAAAGGGUUCUCGUGGCAAUUAUCCAGACCCUGUACCCGGACCAGGAAGAGGAGUUCAACAAAUGGUACCGCGAGGAACAUCUACCUCUCCUCUCCAGGGUGCCCGGGUGGCUGCGGACAAGACGCUUCGUGAGCUCCGCCGUCGAACCCACGGCGGUCAGAGAAUAUCUCUCAUUACACGAGUAUGAGUCCCACGAUGGACCCAGCGGGCCUGAGUUAAAAGCUGUAAACGCUACCCCCUGGCGCGAACGGGUUAUGGCAAACAUGGUCAAGGACCGCUCUAGACGAGUUUACGAACACUACUACACCUUUACCGCCGCGCCGCGGGAUCUAGCAUCUCUCUCUGCCGAGACAGAAAAGGGAGCGACUACCCCCUUCCUAGCCCCGGAUGGCCUUACUAAAACCUUCCCCACGUCAUCAACAUCCUCCUCCUCCGAACCCGCCGUCCCCGCCAUCCAAUCAUACAUCAAGACACCGGACGGCGUCACCCUCCCCUACCGCCUCGAAGGCUCCACAAACCCUAACGCGCCCCUCAUCAUCCUCAGCAACAGCAUCCUAACCCACUACAGAAUCUGGGACGACUUCAUCGCCACCUUCUUCUCCCCCUCCUCCUCUUUUUACCCCUCCAACCGCCAGUACAGAAUCCUCCGCUACCUCACCCGCGGUCGCUCAUCCAACUGCGGCCAGCAACCAAUAACGCUCGACGUGCUGGCCGCAGAUAUAAUAACCAUCCUCGACGCCCUGCGUGUGCCCAAAGCCGCUGCCCUCAUCGGCGUGAGCCUCGGCGGUGCGACGGUGCUGAACACCGCGCUGAAAUACCCUGAGCGUGUGGGGACGUUCAUCGCCUGUGACACGAACGCGAAGAGUCCUGAUGAGAAUAGCAAGGUGUGGGCGGAGAGGAUUGCGCUGGCGGAGGCGGAGGGGGCGCUGGCGGCGUAUACGGAUGAGCCGAUUGUUGGGGGGCAGUUGGCAGAGGUCACCGUCCGCAGAUGGUUUGUUAGGGGGGGAACUUGUGAUGGAGGAAAGGGGGAGUUGGAGGGAAGGUUUCGGCGGGUUAAGGAGAUGGUUAAGGACAAUAGUUUGGGGGGGUUUAGGAGGGUUGCGGAGGCUUUAUUUCAGUAUGAUCUGCGGGAGGAAAUGAGGAGGUAUAGAGGGGCAAAGGGGGCAUUUUUGGUCGGGGAUGAGGAUGGGGUGUUGCCUAAGACUAUGAGGGAAAUGGUUGGGAUGAUGGGGAGGGGUGAUGCCAGGAAGGAGUCAGAGCCAGCGGCGGAGUUUUUGGUGGUGGAGGGCGCGGGGCACUUGCCGAUGGUGGAGAAGCCGGAGAGGUUUGAGGAGUUGGUUAGUGGGUUUCUGGGGCAGAGAGAGGUAGGUAGGUAAAUUAAUAAAUAGGCGAAGAUGAAGAUAGGGGAAUACCCCUGGAUUAUGGUAUUUUCUUUUUUUUUUUUUAAAAAAAAAAAAAAAAAGAAAGAUAGGCCAGGGAUCUUUCAUGAUAUAGUCCUAUUGAUGCAUCAUGGUUUAUUAUUUUGAUGACUCUCUCAACCUCUUGAGUUGAGUCUCUUCUAAUAUCCUCAACCGUCUAUUGCUAUGCAGCGUGGUAGAGAACAUUGCUGGCAGGCAGAACAAAAGUCGAAUUCACUCACUGUCGUUGUCUAAUAGCAGUUCGGUCGUGUUUGUAUCGGGAUCAGGGCGCAUGCGCAUAUAAACAAAUAUACCCCCUCUUUUUCAAUGAACUCUUGAAAGAUAGGAAGAAAACCACAAAGGAGCAAGAUAAUGCUGAAACAUUUCACCUGUAAAAUGGAAAGCCAUACAAAAAACGACAAGAAAAAAAGAAAAGCUAUUAGUUUUACAGAACAGCAGUAAAACAACGAUUAGACGCACAAACAGACAAAAACAAUAAAACAAAGAAGAACCCCAGCGCCGGUUUAUUUGAUUUAUAUCAUCUCGUUUCAAAUCAAUACUCCCAUAUCAAUCCCCUCCCACGGUCGUCCGUCCGUCAAGAGGAGGAGAAAAUAAUAAACAAAGCUCCCACACCCAGAAAAAAGAAAAACCGGAAUAGGCAGAAUGUUAUGAUCUCUUCCCCGCUUCCACCUUUUUUAGCUCCUCCCUACAAGCAAAACUCAAGAACAUAUUGUGUCAGCAAAGAUAGAGAACGGC